CGAUUUCAGGCGAACCGAGCGAGUUUCAUACCUCCUCGAUUACAAGCGAACCGAGCGAGUUGCAUACCUCCUCGAUUACAGGCGAACCGAGCGAGUUGCAUACCUCCUCGAUUACAAGCGAACCGAGCGAGUUUCAUACCUCCUCGAUUACAGGCGAACCGAGCGAGUUGCAUACCUCUUCGAUUUCAGGCGAACCGAGCGGGAUGCAUACCUAGAGAGGCGUCGAUGUUUUGCCCGGGGCGCGAGAUGGCCGAGACGGUUUCGAGCGGGAGCGUGGAGGCGUUGGACGACGAAUCGCGGCUCAGCGUCGAUGACGUCGACGGCGACGGUGCCGACUCGACGGAGGUGGGACGGAAGGACGGGCCCAACCACAAGUUCUCCAUCGACAGCAUCCUGGGCACCAGAUCGCCCAGCUUCUACGACAGGAUCCUGGGGACGCGGCGCGGCCGCGGCUCCGACGACGACAGUGACGUCACAGAGGACCGUGACGUCACCGAGGACCCCAAAACAAACUUCAGCGCCCACCAGUUCACCAAAUGCCUUCUCUCGUCCCAGCUUGUUGAUGAUACAAGACCGGACAGCUCUCAGCUGCUCUCGGGGAUUCCAUACUCCUUUCUGUAUGGAAGUUGGUUUACAGCAGCGGCACUGGCAGCCUCUAAGACACCGGCGCAAAUUUUUGGACUUCAAGCGCCGAAACCGGUGGGGCGGAGGUCACGAAAACCAGGACUUGACCGGAAACCGAGGCAGGCAUACAGUGCGAAGCAACUGGAACGAUUAGAAGCUGAAUUCAAGAUAGACAAGUAUCUAAGCGUGAGCAAGCGGAUGGAGCUCUCGAAGGCGCUGAACUUGACGGAGGUGCAGAUCAAAACGUGGUUCCAGAACCGACGGACCAAGUGGAAGAAACAGCUGGCGUCGCGGCUGAAGAUCGUCAAUCAGACUCAGGACUCGGGGACCGGGCCCGGCGCCCUCUACUUCUCGCCGCCCCACAACCAGUACUCCUCGGCCCUCUUCUCCUCGGCCAACCCGUACUUCUUGGCCUCCCACGCUCUCGGCUUCAACGGCGGCGCCCCCCUCGACAUCGGCAAACCCUCCGCCAACCUCUUCCCUAACCAACUUCAGCUCGACUUCAACAAAGAGUCCUCGGAGGAUCCGGAAAAUUGACGCGUCCCGGCAGGCGAUUAUUGCAAUUUAUAGACAAAGAAGACAAAAGGGAUAUCGACGGUGUAAGUCGGCAAUCACACAUUUCGUUUGCGGUGUCUGAA